CAUGCGCAAUAUCGCACCCAGUUUGGGCACGGAGGGCAGCGGCCCGCACCAGGGAGUAUUCCGCCUUGCGCGUGCGCAGACGAAAAAACACCACCCGGGGAUUUAGGCGCGGAUUUGGUGGCGCGUUUUAGCGAAGUCGCACGUGAAGGGCAGCAGUGGCCGAAGGCUGACCCAGAAUGGCAGGUUCAAGUAACACUUGGCCAUCAGGCAAGCAUCUGUUUAAAGUCAUCCUGAUGAUCCUCGUGGCCCUCAUCCUCCUCCACUCAGCAUCGUCCGAGUCCCCUCGAGACUUUACGCAACCCGGCCAUCAGAAGAAGGAGGUCCCGGCUGAUCUCUUGAGCCAGAUAGGGCGGUCUGUGCGGAGAACGCUGGAUGCCUGGGUUGGGCCAGAGAACAUGCACCUGGUUUCUGAGACCACGUCUCAGGUGAUGGGGGCCAUCUCCUCCGCCAUCUCUGUGGGCUUCUUCGCUCUGUCUGGGAUCUCCGCGCAGCUGCUGAAUGCCUUGGGACUAGAUGGAGAUAACCUCACCCAGGGCCUGAAGCUCAGCCCCAGCCAGGUCCAGACCCUCCUGCUGUGGGGAGGGGCGGCCCUGAUAAUCUAUUGGCUUCUGUCCCUGCUCCUUGGCUUGCUGCUGACCUUGUUGGGGCGGAUCCUGGGGGGCCUGAAGCUUGUCCUCUUCUUGGUCGGCUUUGUGGCCCUGGUGAGGUCGGUGCCCGACCCUUCCACCAGGGCCUUGCUCCUCCUGGCCUUGUUGACCCUCUACGCUUUGCUGAGCCGGCUCACUGGCAGCCGGGCCUCGGGGGCCCAGCUGGAGGCCAAGAUUCGGGCGCUGGAGCGCCAGGUGGAAGAGAUGCGCUGGCGGCAGAGGCGAGUGGCCAAGGGGACCCGCGGUGUGGAAGAGGAGUGAGAAGGACGCCCAACAAGGCCACCUUCAUCAUACCAAAGAGCUGAGCUGCUUCUCUGGGUCGCUGGACCUCCUUCCAGCCCCCUGCCCCUCUCUUGCCCUGUCUCUGAGCGCUCAGAACCUUGACCUCUGCACCAGGCCCCUAGCUGAGAGGGAGGAAGACCAUUCCCGUGCUGGUCCUCUGUCUGGGGUUGGUUGGUUCUCUUACCCCUUCCUCUGCUCCCUGCCUGUCUCAGCCAGGGUAGCUUGGGGAGCAACCCCCCACCCCCAGCUUUUGCAUCUGUCCUCAGCAAACAUCACUACCACUGGCCGCCUGUGACUCUGCCGCUGCCUUGCCUUGCCUUCCUGCUGCUGCUCUUGCUCUCCUGUCCUUCUCUUGCCCCUCCUCUGCCAAGUUCCAGCUCCCUUCCUGUUUGUCUCCUUCCAGUCCUGUGCUCCAAUCAAACCACUCCCUCAAGGCCUGCUCCUGUCCCCUUUAUUGCCCAGCAUGGGAAAGAGGCAGGGUACAUGGGACUUGAGGGGAAGAGAAGCGGGGGUGUUCCCCCAUGGGGCUGGGGACGAGAUGUACAUUGAGUCUGUUACAAGUGCCUUAAUCCGAGGCAGUGGGCCCUCUGCUUGCCCGCCGCCGCACUGUGCGUAGGAAAGCAUGCUGUGGUUGCUUUGUGUCAAGAAGAGGUUCCUCUCAGGAUCCCGAUUCCCCUUCAGUCGGAGCAAAAGAUGACGCUUCAUAGGCUGUGCUUGCAUGGAGGACGGUGCCGGUGCCGUGGCCUCCGGUCCCCUGUGGGGACUUCAGGGACCUGAGGAGAAAGGAGGACUCUCCUUGUCUGCUAAGCUCCAGGCAGGUCUCCAUCUCUGUCGCCACUCACUGCCCCCAAGGAGUCGCUGGUCAGGGCCCACUCCAGUGGCCUGGGCGGAUCACGGAGCAGAUACACCAGAGAUGGCCCCACAGCCCUUUCCCAUCACAUGCUCUGCAGGGAGCAGGGGGAGCCUGCCAACCCCACUCCACCAGGGCUCUCCGCCUUCCUUAGAGGCUCUGGUGCAGGUGGGCGUCCACCCUUCUCCGCCAGGCCCUGCACGGGACCCUCGUGACACGAAGAGUGAAUAAAUGCCCAGUUCUUACCGUUAAGGUCUCAUGUGGAACCACAGCUGCAGUGAUAUAUAUUUUUUAUCAGCGCUUGGUUGGUUUUAAAUAAAGUGCU